ACUACAAAAAAAAAACUUUACGAAGCGUGAUGAAACAUGACAUGAUUUCUGCUUUGAAAUUUGAUGAUGUAUAACAUGGCGUCCGCUGUAACUGUUAGAUACAUUUUCGCAGUGUUAACACUUGCCCUCUUUGUUUCUUUUGCAAAUUCCGCAAACAAUUAUUACUCAUCCGCAAGAGUCGAGAGUUGUAGUGGCUGCUCGCUCAACCGACUGCCGGAUGUCAAGGAAUUUAUCUUUAAAGAUUUGCCAAACUACAAUAAUGUGGAAUUCAGACACAUACAAGGUGCAAUACCAGAGCUUGUACUAUUCAACGAACAUGAAGAGGAAGUGGAACGAUUGGUUUUGUCUAGAUUGACUCGGGAAGAAUGUAAUGAACUAUUAGUUUCUAAAGGUUUCACUAAAAAAUCCAAAGAUAAUAAGGACGAAAUGUAAAUCUUCAAGUUGUAAUGUAUAUUUCUGUGAAAAAACACUAGCCUAGUCAUAAAUAACUCUAGAAGAAGAGAUUAUUUCUAAAAAAUUAACUUUAAGUGCAAAGCUUGUUCAAUUAUGUUUUGUGCUUACAAUUUAUAUACAUCUAUCUUUA